ACCUACGAUCAACAAUUAAUAACAUGAAUCUCUCUGUUAAUGGCCACCAAAUUUAGUCAUGCUCUUCAUGAUCAUCGUCAAAUUUAGCAAUGAAAGGUGGGUUUUCAGCGCCCGGUGAUUACAUCUACUUCAAGUCCCAAGUCCCUCUCCACAAGAUCCCAAUUUGCACAAAAUAAUGGAGAUAUUAUGAUCCUGGAAUUGCUGGAACAACAGAUGUUUACUACAAACAAAUCAUGGCACUCUCCAUGAAGGAUUAUCGAGUGAUUUCUGUUGAUAUUCCUCGUGUUUGGAACAAUCAAGAGUGGGUUCAAGCAUUUGAGAAGUUUUUAGAUGUUAUUGAUGUCCACCAUGUACAUCUUCAUGGAACAUCACUUGGUGGAUUUUUAGCACUACUUUUUGCUCAACAUAGGCCAAGAAGAGUAAAGUCUUUGAUUAUUUCAAAUGCAUUUUUGGAUACAAAAUAUUUCUUAGCUACAAUGCCUUGGGCCCGUGUGUACACCCCUUCUUUCCUGUUGAAACAGUAUGUCCUAACAGGAAUCCCAAAUGGUCCACAUGAACCAUUUGUUGCUGAUUCUGUGGACUUUGUUGUUGCACAGGUGAGUUUUAUAAACAGGGGGGAUUUGGCUUCCAGAUUGACUGUAAUAAGUGAUGUUGCAUCAGUGGGACCUCUUCUUUUUUCGGAUUCUCUAAUCACUAUAAUGGAUGUAGAAGUGAAGAUGCUACUGAUAUCAUCAUAG